CACCACCCCAUCUCUCAUCUCAUGUUAUGUAAGACAUUAGAGGUCCCACAUCAGUAACUUUCAAACUCAUGGCUUCUAGUUUGCUUCUCCUCGCAAAGAAAAUGCAGAAAAAAGGGAACCUGUGAGUCCUAUUAUUCAUUCUGGUGUCUCCCUCUUUGACUCUCUUAGAAAACCAAACACAAUACAACACACCAACAAAAAGGUUAGAGUACCCAUCACUUCAUAUCUUCCACACAAAAAACUCCCUCAAGCAAUCCCUAUCUAACAAGAUCCCAAGAUAGUAGACUCAUGUGGCUCUCAAUUCCUUGCUUAAAUAUGGGAUCACUUGCAUAACCCUCUUCAUCCAGACAUAUCCACCUUUUUUCUCUUUCUCUUUAUUGUUAUUUACCCGAAGGGUUUUUGUUUUGGGUGAUAUUUUGUGAUUUGUGUUCCAAUGGAACAGGGUCAAUGCUGGACAAAGAGGAAGAAGUACUCUUUGAGCUCUAGUACUGGUUCACCAACAAACCCUUCCUAUGGUGACUCAUGGGAAGAACAAGCUUUUGCAGAAGAUGCUGCUAAUUCUCUUGGUGGCUGCAUAUGGCCUCCAAGAUCCUACUCUUGUAGCUUUUGCAGAAGAGAGUUCAGGUCAGCACAGGCUCUAGGUGGCCACAUGAACGUUCAUAGAAGGGAUAGAGCAAGACUAAAGCAACAACCCACUAGCCCCCACAAUGAAAUUCUAUGCCAUGACCUUGAAACUCAGCUGCACAAGCCAGUUCAAAGUCCUUUUGCUUCUCUAGGUGGUUAUCUAUAUCCUUCUCCUCUUUGUGGAUUGGCUUGUAUGAAAACUAACCCUAAUUGUGAUCCUGAUUUUGUUGCUUCACCUUCUUCAUCACCCUCGCCUUCCAAGGCCUUAUUGGCUCCAUCAGCUAAUAUUGGUACCUUCAGAGAGGAAACCAUGAUUCCACUUUAUGAUUCCUCUAUUCUCCACAAGAUUUCUCCUGCCAGUAAUUCUUCUGAAUCAUGGCCAAAUUCAGCUGAAGAUCAUAGAUUAUAUUCAUGUAAGUUCCACCCUCAAGCUGAUACUACGAAACCCUCCAAGAGAAUAAUGGAUUUCAGAUGUAGGGGUAAUAAGGGGAAUAAUGAUGAUAUUGAUGGGGAUAUAAACUUUAAUUCAGUUGUGUAUAGAACUCACCCAUCUUUGCAGUUUGAGAGUACUAAAGAGCCAGAUCAUAUCAGUUGCAAGAAGAGGAAAACAGAUGCUUCCUCAACUCUAUUUUCCCCAAAGUCAAGCUCAGUUGAUAGGCAUCAAGUGCAGCCAAAGAUGUUUGAGUUUAGCCCUAGCUCAAUGGAAGAGCUAGAUCUGGAGUUAAGGCUUGGGAACAGGUCCAAGAUAUAGUAAUAAAGUAGUAUAAAUAGAAAAACCACCCCCCACUGUCAAUGAAUAUAAAGUUCUUCUCCUUUUUAUGUUCAUCCUAGUUUGUUUUCACAUCUUUUAAUACCUUACAAUUAAGGAAGGUUUUCAUCAUGUUUGAUUGGAUCUCCUGAGGGCCUCAGAAUGUAUAUCUGCAAGGUGUCAUGAUAAUAAUUAACAAACUGUAAUUAAUUUUAUUGACAGGCUUGUAAACUUGCUCUUAGUAGAUAGUGUGGCCAAAAAGGUGGAUUGUUUUGAAUAAAUGCAGAUUAUUACAUGACUUUGUAAUUGAUGGUUUCCAUCGAUUUUUACUAUGAUCGUAUGAAAGCUUUAAAAUAAAGA